AAAAACAUGAUAAUACUAUAAAUAUGGAGGGAACCUGGGACUCCACAAGUACAACAGUACACGAAUUCAGUUCAUGUUUGUAUGUCUGUUCCGCAACCACCUGGUACGUUGUUGUUUUCUGUACUGUUUCAUUAUCAUCAUCAUCAUGAUUCAUCGAUCUUCAAAUUCAAUCCAUUCCCUUUCUCAAUCAAUUUUCACAAAAAACUCAUCUUUCUUCUAUUCUUCAUCUUCUUCUUCUCUAAUCACUUUACAUGAUUCUGAUACAAAACCAAUUUCAAGUCCUUUUUACAAUCUUCUUCCACCUACCCAAAACCCUAAUAACAUUGUAAACCUAAUUUCCUCAACCCUCAAACAAAAAAGUUUUCAUCUUUCCCAUUUUCAAACUGAAAUAAAAAACAUUCUUCCUCACAUGGGUGCUCAAGAAAUUUCUAGGGUUUUGCUUAGAUGUCAAUCUGAUUAUUCUUCAGCACUCACAUUUUUCAAUUGGGUUAAAUAUGAUUUGUGUAUGGUACAUAGUGUGAAGAAUUAUUGCAUAAUUGUUCAUAUACUUGCUUGGUCUCAAGUUUACUCUCAAGCUAUGAAAUUGUUGUGUGAAUUGAUACAAUUGAAUGUUAAUGAUGAUGACAAUGAUGAUGAUGUUUAUAAGAGUUUGAUUGAUUGUACUGAGGAUUGUAAUUGGAAUCCGGUUGUGUUUGAUAUGCUUAUUAAGGCUUAUGUGAAAUUAGGUAUGGUUGAGAAGGGUUUGGAAACUUUUUGGAACAAUGUUGAGGCUUGUUUUGUUCCUAAUGUUGUUGCUUGCAAUUGUUUGUUGAAUGGUUUGUCUAAGUUUAAUUAUAUUGGUGAAUGUUGGGAAGUGUAUGAAGAAAUGGGAAAGCUUGGAAUACAUAGGAAUGAUUAUACUUUCAAUAUUAUGACACAUGUUUUGUGUAGAGACAGAGAUACCGAUAAGGUGAAUGGAUUCCUCGAGAAGAUGGAGGAAGAAGGUUUUGAACCGGAUUUGGUUACGUAUAACACACUCAUUAAUAGUUAUUGUAGGAAAAGAAGGUUGGAGGAUGCUUUUUAUUUGUAUAAGAUUAUGUGCAUUAGAGGUGUGGUUCCUAAUUUGAUUUCGUAUAGUGCAUUGAUGAACGGUCUUUGUAAAGAAGGGAAGAUCAAGGAGGCUCAUCAACUUUUUAAUCAGAUGGUACAGAGAGGGAUUGAUCCGGACAUUGUGUCGUAUAAUACUCUUAUAUCUGGUUAUUGCAAAGAAGGUAAGAUGCAAAUGUGUAGAUCAUUGUUGCAUGAAAUGAUAGGAAUCGGGAUUCGUCCUGACAAUGUCACUUGUAGGAUUGUCUUUCAAGGAUAUGCAAAGGAAGGAAAGCUUUUGUCGGCGUUGAAUAUGGUUGAGGAGCUUCAUAGAUUUGGGAUUAAGAUUCCUGAAAAUUUAUAUGAUUAUCUCUUAGUUGCAUUAUGUAAAGAAGGUCGGCCGUUUGCAGCUCUAAGUUUUCUGAUAAGGAUAUCUCAAGAUGGCUUUGUGCCUCAAAUAAGCACUUACAUUAAACUAGUAGAGUCUCUUUGUAAAUUCAAUAAUGUGGAAGAAGCAUUGGUUUUGAAAUCUGAGAUGACAAAAAAGAAUAUGAAACUCAAUCUCACUACCUAUAAAGCUAUCAUAAGCUGCUUGUGUAGAGUAAAAAGGACUUCAGAAGCUAAAAGCUUGUUGGAGGAAAUGGUUAGUUUAGGUAUUCUACCUGAUUUAGAAAUAAAGAGGGCAUUGAUAAAUGGUUAUUGUGAAGAAAAUGAUGUCAGUAAAGCUGUGUCAUUAUUGAAAUUCUUUGCUAAGGAGUUUCAAGUUUACGAUACAGAAAGCUACAAUUCAAUAGUUAAAGUCUUUUGUGAGGUUGGUAAUGUGGCUGAGUUGAUGGAGCUUCAAGAUAAGCUUGUCAAAAUAGGGUUUGUUCCAAAUAGUUUGACAUGCAAGUAUGUGAUCCAAGGGUUGCAGAAAGAUAUGGAACUCGAUGAUGAUAUAUUGGACCGCAACAUGCUAGAAACCUAAGUUGUCCCAAAACUAGGAUCGUGUCCAACAACUCACCUUACUUUCCGAAGGUGGCCGACCUGACAAUAUGACAAGUAUCUAAGUACAUGGAGAACUCUCGCUUGAAAGAUAGCUGUUAAGGAAUCAGAAGAAUCAAGCCACUUAAAUACUCUACCGAGCAUUCCAUAUUUCUCGAUCUGAGACUCUGGCACCCCGUAAUAUCCAAGUCCCUAUCACAGUAUUUAUAUGCUAUUAGCUGCAGUCCUGAUGAAAAACAGGUUAAACUUGCAUACAUUAGACAUUAGAGGCAGCAUGAGAUUUUGGCGGCAAUAAUUUGGCAAUGUUUAUUUGGGUCUACAAAUAUUAUUUCUUGCUGCAUACGUGAUUUAAACGUAUGCAAUUGUAUGUGAUUACAUAUUGAGAAGAGGCCUCUUGCAUCCAUAUAUUUGGCACGAGAGAUACUUCAGACAUGGUUGCAGGCGCAAAACAGUAAGCACAUGGAGAGCAAUCUGCAGCAGCAACAGGCAACCCAACGAUGGUGUAAACUGCAGGCGGGCGCUGUGAAAUGGAACAUCGACGCAACAAUAUUUUAGGAACAAAAUGUGUUUGCAGUAGGCAUUGUAUAUUCAUUCGCAAUCAUUAACACCUCAAGAAGCUGAAGCUUUGGGACUUUUAGAGGCUUGAAUGGCUUGUUGAGAUGAACUUCAAAAAAAUGUCAAUAGAGCUGGAUUGUAAAUUAGUGAUUGAUGGCAUUUUAGGCAAGUCCACUUAUCAAAAUGAGUAUUGUGUCAUUUUAGGACAAUGUAGAAAUUUACUUGAUACAUUUUCCAAACUUUGAGGAUUCAGAGGCAAGCUAAUUAUGUCGCUCAUAACCUAGCAAGAGUGUCAUUGUUAUAUGCCAGUUCCUUCCUUUUAUUGAAUUGAUUAUUAUAUUGAAUGAAAUUAAGUAGUUUUGCUUGUGUGAAAAAAGAAACCUCUUGUUGAAUGUUUGCUUUUGCUUAAGCAGAGAUCAUGAUGGUUUUUGUGAGGCAGGAUAAUAACAUAUUAACAUUAGAUAUUUAGAUGCCCUUGAUUGUAUAAUAUCCCUAUGAAUUUUGUUUAGGCAAAAUUAUACUUUUAGUCCUUUAACUUGAUUUCAUGUAACGAUUUGGUCUUUUA